AAUUCAAAAUAUGAAAAAUAAAUGAAUUCUUAAUUUUUUUUUAGAAGUCAAUGAAAGGAUUCUAUUUUGCAAAGCUGUAUUAUGAAGCUAAAGAAUAUGAUCUUGCUAAAAAAUAUAUAUCUACAUAUAUUAACGUGCAAGAAAGGGAUCCCAAAGCUCACAGAUUUCUUGGUCUUCUUUAUGAAGUGGAGGAAAACAUAGACAAAGCUGUUGAAUGUUACAAGCGUUCAGUGGAAUUAAACCCAACACAAAAAGAUCUUGUGUUGAAGAUUGCAGAAUUGCUCUGUAAAAACGAUGUUAGUGAUGGCAGAGCGAAAUACUGGGUUGAAAGGGCAGCUAAACUGUUUCCAGGAAGUCCUGCAAUUUACAAGCUAAAGGAACAGCUUUUAGACUGUAAAGGUGAAGAUGGAUGGAAUAAACUCUUCGACUUGAUUCAGUCAGAACUUCAUGCGAGGCCUGAUGACAUCCACAUGAACAUCCGACUAGUGGAGCUGUACCGCUCCAACGGGAGGCUGAGGGAUGCCGUGACCCACUGCCGCCAGGUGGAGAGGAGUGCAGCCUUGCGCUCCAGUUUAGAGUGGAAUGCUUGCGCUGUGCAGACCCUCAAGGAAUAUCUGGAAUCUUCUCAGUGUCUGGAGCCUGAUAAAAGUAACUGGCAAUCAACCAGCAAGGACUUACUUCUAGCCUAUGCUAACCUCAUGCUGCUUACGCUCUCUGCUAGAGAUGUGCAAGAAAGCAGAGAAUUACUGGAAAGUUUUGACAGUGCUCUUCAGUCUGUGAAGUCUUGUGUGGGUGCGAACGACGAGCUCUCGGUGACGUUUGUGGAAGUGCGGGGACACCUGUACAUGCACGCUGGCUCUCUGCUCCUGAAGAUGGGCCAGCACAGCACUGUGCAGUGGCGGGCACUCGCAGAGCUGGCGGCCCUGUGCUACCUCGUGGCAUUCCAGGUUCCAAGACCAAAGAUUAAAUUAAUAAAAGGAGACGCUGGACAGAAUCUGCUGGAAAUGAUGGCCUAUGAUCGUCUGAGCCAAUCAGGGCAUAUGCUGCUAAACUUAAGUCGUGACAAGCAAGAUUUUUUAAAAGAGGUUGUAGAAUCCUUUGCCAAUGAAAGUGGGCAGUCUGCUUUAUAUGACGCUCUGUUUUCCAGUCGGUCACCUAAGGAUAGAUCUUUCCUUGGUAGCGAUGUUAUUGGAAACCUUGAUGUACAAGCACCGGAGCCUGAAGAUUUGGCUCGAUGUGACGUUGGUGCGGUUCGAGCACACGGUGGUAGCCUUCAGCACCUUACUUGGCUUGGCUUACAGUGGAAUUCAUUGCCUUCCUUACCUGUAAUUCGAAAAUGGCUAAAACAGCUUUUUCAUCAUUUGCCCCAGGAAACCUCAAGGCUUGAAACAAACGCACCUGAAUCAAUAUGCACUUUAGAUCUGGAAGUAUUUCUACUUGGAGUAAUAUAUACCAGCCACUUACAGUUAAAAGAGAAGUGUAAUUCUCACUACAGCUUCUAUCAGCCUCUGUGCUUGCCUCUUCCUGUGUGUAAACAGCUUUGCACGGAAAGACAGAAAGCUUGGUGGGAUGCGGUGUGUAAUCUCAUUCAUAGAAAAGCAAUACCUGGAACCUCAGCAAAAUUGCGGCUUCUAGUUCAGCACGACAUAAACACUCUAAGGGGCCAGGAAAAACAUGGCCUUCAGCCUGCUCUGCUUGUGCACUGGGCACAGUGCCUUCAGAAAACGGGCAGUGGCCUUAAUUCUUUUUAUGAUCAACGGGAAUACAUAGGCAGAAGUGUUCAUUAUUGGAAGAAGGUUUUGCCAUUGUUGAAGAUAAUCAAAAAGAAGAGCAGUAUUCCUGAACCUACUGACCCUCUGUUCAAGCAUUUUCACAGUGCAGACAUCCAGGCAUCUGAAAUUGGUGAAUAUGAAGAGGAAGCACACAUAACUUUUGCCAUAUUGGAUGCAGUUAAUGGAAACAUAGAAGAUGCUAUGACUGCUUUUGAAUCUAUUAAUAACGUCGUCUCUUACUGGAAUCUUGCACUGAUUUUUCACAGGAAAGCAGAAGACAUUGAAAAUGAUAUGCUUUCUCCAGAAGAACAAGAAGAAUGCAAAAACUGCCUGAGAAAGGCUAGAGACUACCUGAUCAAGAUCCUGGACGACAGCGACUCCAGCCUCUCGGUGGUUCAGAAGUUGCCUGUGCCCCUGGAAUCUGUGAAGGAGAUGCUUAAUUCCGUCAUGCAGGAACUCGAUGACUACAGUGAAGGAGGUCCUUUUUAUAAAAAUGGUUCUUUGCGAAAUGCAGAUUCAGAAAUGAAACAUUCGACACCAUCUCCCACAAAAUAUUCUCUGUCACCAAGUAAAACUUACAAGUAUUCUCCCAGAACACCACCACGAUGGGCAGAAGAUCAAAAUUCUUUAUUGAAAAUGAUCUGCCAGCAGGUGGAGGCCAUUAAGAAAGAAAUGCAGGAGUUGAGACUGAACAGCAGUAACUCGGGGUCCCCUCAUCGCUGGCCUGCAGAGAACUAUGGGCCAGACUCAGUGCCUGAUGGACAUCAGGGGCCACAAAAUUUUCACGGGGCCCCUCUGACGGUUGCAACUACUGGCCCUUCAGUAUAUUAUAGUCAGUCACCAGCAUAUAAUUCCCAGUAUCUUCUCAGACCAGCAGCUAAUGUUACUCCCACAAAGGGACCAGUUUAUGGCAUGAAUAGGCUGCCGCCACAGCAGCACAUCUACACCUACGCUCAGCAGAUGCACACCCCCCCAGUGCAGAGCUCAUCUGCCUGUAUGUUCUCCCAGGACAUGUAUGGUCCCCCGCUGCGUUUUGAGUCUCCUGCAACAGGAAUUCUCUCACCCAGGAGUGACGAUUACUUUAAUUACAACGUUCAGCAGACAAACACAAAUCCACCUCUGCCGGAACCAGGGUAUUUCACAAAACCUCCAGUUGCAGCUCAUGCUUCAAGAUCUGCAGAAUCUAAGGUUAUAGAAUUUGGGAAACCCAGUUUUGUUCAGCCUGUACCAGGCGAAGGAAUAAGGCCGUCUCUGGCAGCACCUGCACAUCCAGCACAGUCCACUUCUUUUAAAUUUAACUCAAAUUUCAAAUCAAAUGAUGGUGACUUCACAUUUUCCUCACCGCAGGUUGUGGCACAGCCCCCUUCUACGACUUACAAUAAUAGUGAAAGCCUUUUAGGUCUCCUGACUUCAGAUAAGCCUUUGCAAGGAGACAGCUACAGUGGACCAAAAGCCGCUCAGACCAUUGGACCUCGAAAUACAUUCAAUUUCGGAAGCAAAAAUGUGCCUGAAAUUUCAUUUACUGAAAACAUGGGCCCAAAUCAGCAAAAGAAUUCUGGUUUUCGGCGCAGUGAGGAAACGUUUACUUUCCACAGUCCAGGGAAGUCAGUGUUUGGAGCACCUGCCGCAGAGCCGGCCAACAGGAGUCCCGAAGCAGACGGUGGGAGUGCCCAUGGAGAGGACGAUGAGGAUGGUCCCCACUUUGAGCCGGUGGUGCCUCUCCCCGAUAAGAUUGAAGUGAAGACUGGCGAGGAGGACGAGGAAGAGUAUUUCUGCAAUCGUGCAAAGUUGUUCCGUUUUGAUGGAGGAUCCAGAGAGUGGAAGGAGCGUGGAGUUGGCAAUGUAAAGAUCCUGAGACACAAAAUGUCUGGGAAGAUCCGCCUUCUGAUGAGGCGCGAGCAAGUGCUGAAGAUCUGUGCAAAUCACUACAUCAGCCCAGACAUGGCCCUGGCGCCCAUGGCGGGCUCAGACCGGUCCUUUGUGUGGUGUGCUCUGGACUACGCAGACGAGUCGCCCAAACCAGAGCAGCUCGCUAUCAGGUUCAAGACGCCUGAGGAAGCAGCACUUUUUAAGUGCAAGUUUGAAGAGGCCCAGAGCCUGUUGAAAGCCUCUGGAGCAAACAGAGCCACAACCACAAGUCAGGCUGCGAGAACUGUAAAAGAACCCACAAGUCACGAUAGUACAGAUAUUUGCAAACCUGAUGCUGGAAACAUGAAUUUUGAAUUUCAAGUUGCAAAGAAAGAAGGGUCUUGGUGGCAUUGUAACAGCUGCUCGUUAAGAAAUGCUGCAACUGCUAAGAAGUGUGUAUCGUGCCAAAACCUCAACCCAAGCAGUAAAGACCUCCUUGGCCCACCAUUAGUUGAAACUGUUUCCACUCCUAAAACUAGUUCAGAAAGUGCUCCAGAAAGAUUUGCAUUGAUGACGCCAAAGAAAGAAGGUCACUGGGAUUGUAGUGUCUGUUUAGUUAGAAAUGAACCCACUGUGUCUAGAUGCAAUGCAUGCCAGAAUACAAAGUCUGCUAGCAAAAGUGAAUCUCCAUUUGUUCAGCAACCUUCCUUUAAAUUUGGCCAAGGAGAUCUUCCUAAGUCUGCCAGCAGUGAUUUCAGAUCUGUUUUUUCAAUAAAAGAAGGGCAGUGGGAUUGCAGCAUUUGCUUGGUGCCAAAUGAAGGAAGCUCUACCAGAUGUGUGGCUUGUCAGAAUCCCAGAAAACAGAGUGUACCUGCUUCUGCUGCCCCAGCUCCUGCCUCUUUUAAGUUUGGUUCUUCAGAGACAAGCAAGGCUCCAGAGAGUGGAUUUGAAGGAGUUUUCACCAAGAAGGAGGGACAGUUGGGUUGCAGUUUGUGCUUAGUGCAGAAUGAGGCAGGCGCGGCCCAGUGUGUGGCCUGUCAGAAUGCACGGAGACAGAAUCCACCCACUCCCGCUGCCCCUGCCCCUGCCGAGGUGAGCAAGGCUCCAAAGAGUGGGCUUGAAGGGCUGUUCCCCAAGAAGGAAGGGCAGUGGGAUUGCAGCAUUUGCUUGGUGCCAAAUGAAGGAAGCUCUACCAGAUGUGUGGCUUGUCAGAAUCCCAGAAAACAGAGUGUACCUGCUUCUGCUGCCCCAACUCCUGCCUCUUUUAAGUUUGGUUCUUCAGAGACAAGCAAGGCUCCAGAGAGUGGACUUGAAGAAGAGGCAUUCCCCAAGAAGGAAGGACAGUGGGAUUGUGGUGGUUGCUCUAUGCGAAAUGAGAGUUCUUCCUUAAAAUGCUUGUCUUGUGAUGCCUCUAAACCAGCCCAUAAACCUGUUGCAGAAGAACCUUCAGCUUUCACAUUGGGCUCAACAGCUAAGGUAAACGACUCUUCUGGAAGUCAGGUGGGAACAGGAUUUAAAAAUAACUUUUCAGAAAAAGCCUUUAAAUAUGGCAACGCAGAACAAGGAUUUAAAUUUGGGCAUGUGGAUCAAGAAAAUGUACCUUCGUUUACAUUUCAGGGUUCUUCCAGCACAGAGUCUAGGUCAACAAAAGAAGGAUUUAGUUUUUCUGUCCCCGUGCCUGCUGAUGGGUUUAAAUUCGGCAUUCAGGAGACGGGAAAUCAGGAGGAGAACAAGAGUGAAAAGCCCAUUGAAAGCGACUCUGGUCGUCAGGCUCAGGAAGCAGGCGGCCAGAAGGACGGGGCUGCCGUGGGCUUUGGCCAGGCUGGCAGCACUUUGACCUUUGCAGACCUUGCGAAGUCAACUUCAGGAGAAGGCUUUCAGUUUGGCAAAAAAGACCCUAAUUUCAAGGGAUUUUCGGGUGCUGGAGAGAAAUUAUUCUCAUCACAAAGUGGUAAGAUGGCUGAUCAGGCAGACACCUGUGCUGACCUUGAGAAAGACGAUGAUAAGACGGAGGACAGUGAUGACAUCCACUUUGAACCUGUUGUCCAGAUGCCUGAGAAGGUGGAGCUCGUCACGGGGGAGGAGGAUGAGAAAGUUCUUUACUCACAGCGUGUGAAAUUAUUCAGGUUUGAUGCCGAGAUAAGUCAGUGGAAAGAAAGGGGUUUGGGGAACUUAAAAAUUCUCAAAAAUGAAGUCAACGGCAAACUGAGAAUGCUGAUGCGGAGAGAGCAGGUGCUGAAAGUGUGUGCCAACCACUGGAUCACCACCACCAUGCACCUGAAGCCCCUCUCCGGGUCGGACAGGGCCUGGAUGUGGCUGGCUAGUGACUUUUCUGAUGGCAAUGCCAAACUGGAGCAGCUGGCAGCAAAAUUCAAGACCCCCGAGCUGGCUGAGGAGUUCAAGCAGAAGUUUGAGGAAUGCCAGCGACUUCUGUUAGACAUACCACUGCAGACGCCCCAUAAACUCGUGGACACUGGCCGAGCCGCCAAGUUAAUACAGAGGGCUGAAGAGAUGAAGAGUGGGCUGAAAGACUUCAAAACGUUUCUGACCAGUGAUCAGAUGAAAGUCACUGACCAAGAGAGUAAGAGCCCAGGGGCAGGCGCUGCAAGCGCUGAGGAGGCCAGCAGCCUGCCGAAUCCGGAGCACAGCGGGCCUGCCCUGGAGUGGGACAGCUACGACCUGCGGGAGGACGCCCUGGACGGCGGCGGCUCGGUGCACGCCUCGCCCCUGGCCAGCAGCCCCGUGAGGAAAAAUCUCUUCCGCUUUGGUGAGUCAACCACAGGGUUCAACUUUAGUUUUAAAUCUGCUUUGAGUCCAUCUAAGUCUCCUGCCAAGUUGAAUCAGAGUGGGGCCUCCGUGGGCACCGAUGAAGACUCGGACGUCACCCAGGAGGAGGAGAGGGACGGGCAGCACUUCGAGCCCGUGGUCCCUCUGCCGGAUCUCGUCGAGGUGUCCAGCGGUGAGGAGAACGAGCAGGUGGUGUUCAGUCACAGGGCAAAGCUCUACAGGUACGACAGAGACGCGGGGCAGUGGAAGGAGAGGGGCAUCGGCGACAUAAAGAUCCUGCAAAACUACGACAGCAGGCAGGGCCGCGUGGUGAUGCGGAGGGAUCAAGUGUUGAAACUCUGCGCCAACCACAGAAUAACUCCAGACAUGACUUUGCAGAGCAUGAAGGGGACAGAGCGAGUGUGGGUGUGGACUGCGUGUGACUUUGCAGACGGAGAAAGAAAGGUGGAACACUUAGCCGUCCGCUUUAAAUUACAGGAUGUUGCAGAUUCGUUUAAGAAAAUAUUUGAUGAAGCAAAAAUAGCCCAAGAAAAAGAUCUUUUGAUAACACCUCAUGUUUCUCGUUCUGCCACUCCCAGAGAGUCACCGUGUGGCAAAAUUGCCGUGGCUGUGUUGGAAGAAACCACGAGGGAGCGGACGGAUUUGGUUCAGGGUGAUGUCGUGGCUGAUACGACCUCAGAAGUUGGAGUGUCUAGCACGUCUGAAACAACAAAAGCAGUGGUUUCACCUCCAAAAUUUGUGUUUGGUUCUGAGUCUGUUAAGAGCAUUUUCAGUAGUGAAAAAUCAAAGCCAUUUGCAUUUGGCAAUAGUUCAGCUACUGGGUCCUUGUUUGGGUUUAGUUUUAACGCACCUUUGAAAAACAGCAGUAGUGAAACCAGUUCAGCCCAGAGUGGAUCUGAAAGAAGCGUGGGGCCGGGUGGUGGCGAGUUGUCGCAGAGCUCUGACCCUGGACCAGCUCCUGACGGCAGUGCCAGAAACCUCACUCCUGUGUUACCGAAGGAAGAGUCCACAAGCGGUCACACGUUCAAAACACCAGAAAGGGGAUUUAAUUUUAGCCUUUUUAAAUCUAACCCAAUGGCCUUUUGGACCAGCGCCCCUCCCUCACAGCCUGAGGACAAAGCGGAAGAGAAGAAAAAGCCAGAAGACCCUCCCUUGGAUGAUGAUGUCCUCGUGGUGUAUGAGCUGACCCCGACCCCUGAGCAGAGGGCUCUUGCGAGCAAACUGCAGCUUCCUCCCACUUUCUUCUGCUAUAAGAACAGGCCAGACUACGUCAGUGAAGAGGAGGAGGAUGAUGAAGAUUUUGACACAGCUGUCAAGAAACUUAAUGGAAAACUGUAUCUGGAUGACUCAGAAAAAUGUAGACCACUAGAAGAAAACCUGCCAGGUAAUGAGAAAGAAUGUGUUAUUGUUUGGGAAAAGAAACCAACAGUUGAAGAGAAGGCAAAAGCAGACACCUUAAAACUUCCACCCACAUUUUUCUGUGGAGCCUGCAGUGACACUGAUGAGGACAAUGGAAACGGGGAAGACUUCCAGUCGGAGCUUCAGAAAGUUCAGGAAGCUCAGAAAUCCCAGAGUGAGGAAGCAACUAGCAGGGCUGAGAGUGUGUGUGCAGGUGGGAGUGAAGUGACCGUCCCACACGUGUGUGAAUCUCAAGAACCUGAUUUUACCACCAGAUCCGCUAGUUCGCCACCUAUUUCUUCUGGGACUGUUGACAAACCUGUGGAUUUAUCUACUAGAAAGGAAGAUGAUGCAGAGUCUGCAGGCCAAGUGGAAAGCAAAACACUUUCAUUUGGAUUUGGAAGUAGUACAGGGCUGUCGUUUGCAGACUUGGCUUCCAGUAAUUCUGGGGAUUUUGCUUUUGGUUCCAAAGAUAAAAACUUCCAGUGGGCGAAUACUGGGGCAGCCGUGUUCGGAGCGCAGGCAGCCAGUAAGGCCGGCGAGGACGAGGACGGCAGUGACGAAGAGGUGGUUCCUAAUGAAGACGUCCACUUUGAGCCCAUAGUGUCGCUGCCCGAGGUAGAAGUAAAAUCUGGAGAAGAAGAUGAAGAAAUUUUAUUUAAAGAGAGAGCCAAACUUUACAGGUGGGAUCGAGAGGUCAGUCAGUGGAAGGAGCGUGGCGUUGGAGACAUAAAGAUCCUGUGGCACACGAUGAAGAACUACUACCGCGUCCUCAUGAGGAGAGACCAGGUCUUCAAAGUGUGCGCAAACCACGUCAUCACCAAAACCAUGGAACUGAAACCCUUGAAUGUUUCUAACAAUGCUUUAGUGUGGACUGCCUCAGAUUAUGCUGAUGGAGAAGCCAAAGUGGAACAGCUUGCAGUGAGAUUUAAAACUAAAGAAAUGGCCGAUUGUUUUAAGAAAAAAUUUGAAGAAUGUCAACAGAAUUUACUGAAACUCCAGAAAGGACAGGUGUCAUUGGCAGCAGAAUUGUCAAAAGAGACAAACCCUGUAGUGUUUUUCGACGUUUGUGCAGAAGAUGAACCUCUAGGACGUAUAACCAUAGAAUUGUUUGCAAACAUUGUUCCUCAAACUGCUGAGAACUUCAGAGCACUGUGCACUGGAGAGAAGGGCUUUGGUUUCAAGAACUCCAUUUUUCACAGAGUAAUUCCAGGUUUUAUUUGCCAGGGGGGAGAUAUCACCAAACACGAUGGAACUGGAGGACGGUCCAUUUAUGGAGAUAAAUUUGAAGAUGAAAAUUUUAAGGUGAAACAUACUGGUCCUGGCUUACUAUCCAUGGCCAAUCGAGGCCGGGAUACCAAUAAUUCUCAGUUUUUCAUAACACUGAAAAAAGCAGAAAAUUUGGACUUUAAGCAUGUAGUAUUUGGGUUUGUUAAGGAUGGCAUGGAUACUGUGAAAAAGAUUGAAUCGUUUGGUUCUCCUAAAGGAUCUGUUAGUCAAAGAAUUAUCAUCACAGAAUGUGGACAGAUAUAAAUUUGUUUUUCAUAGUGAAUUUUACCUGUAUAAACUGUUGAAUUGAAGCUUAGCUGUUAUGACAAUAUGGUAAUUAUGUUCAGCUUUUGAAAAUGGACGUUUCCAAUGUAUAAAUGUAAAAUUGCAGCUUAUAGCUGUGGUCACUUUUUAAUGUGCUAUAAUUGACCUUGCAUGGUGUGAAAUAAAAGUUUAAACACUGGUGUAUUUCAGGUGUACUUGUGUUUAUGUACUCCUGACAUCUGUAUUAAAAUGGAGUAAUACUAAUCUUGUUAAAAGCAAUAGACCUUCUCAAACUAUUGAAGGAAUAUGACAUAUGCAAUUUAAUUUUAAUUUCUUUUAAGAUACUGGACUUCCUGCAUGGAUAUACUUACUGUUUGAAUAAAGGGACCAUGACUUGGAUAAGUUUUAUUUUAGACUUGGAAUAUAUUUGGUAAUUUUAACUAUUGGUGUGCUCAUUUUUGCAGAGAGUCACUUGUGAAUGUAGAGCCACAGAGGGUAGAAACGUAACCAAAGUGCUCUUCUUUAACUUCCUGCACCUCCUGUGUAGUUAAAUUAACUUUUCAGCAGAGUACCUUCUUUCCUUAAAAUGAUAUUUAGCUUCCUGUUCCCUUUCAAAGGUAUUUAAUUAAUUUUUACAUUUUAAACAAGUUAUUUACUUAAAGAUUUUUUAAGUCUUUCUGUCAUCUGUUUCUACUACCUCAAACUGCAGCUUGGUUCUGACAGAAGUUGAAUUUUUCCUUGCAGUUAUUGUGAUAAAGUAUGAGUAUUUUUAAAAGGUCUAUACCAUGUUUUUUGGUUUAAGAUUUGCUUUAUACUAGAUUGUUGCAGUACCUUUUUCUGGUGAAUUUUGUAGCAAAAAUAAAGUGACAAUUGUUAACAGCCA